AAGCGCCGCCCACAGUUGCUGAUUGAAAAAACCCAACAAAUUAUGUUUUCCAAUCUACAGAAAUGCUUUUUUCGGAGACAUCUCUUUUUGUGUUUCGAGCCAAUUUUGUGUGAUGUUGUUGGGUUAGUUUUUGUUCUUGGGUUUGUGAUUUUGUAAGACGGAUUGUUGCGUCUGUGAAGUCAUUGUCGAGCUGGGUCGUGCAGCAGAGCACUGCUUCAAAUAAUUUCUGAUCUGUUCAUGUUUCCAGUUGCUCUGCUUUGAUUUGGCAGUGUUCUCUAUUUCCCCUGAGAUUUGCGGAGCUGGGUUGUGCAGUCUGUUCCUUGAGAAGCAUCUGUGACUUGUAUGCCACUCGAUGACGCAUUUCGUGGAGUUUCGCGUGGAUAUUUGUGUUGGGUAGAGAGGAAAAAAGUAGCGCAGUGCAGCUGAUGUGCAGAGAUUCUGCUGUUGUUUUCGAGGAGGAGAAGCAAAUCGAGCAGCCGAAGCAAUUGCCUGAUCAUCGUGAGAACGUGCUGCUUCUGUCACCGCGAACAAGGGAUUCUAGUUGCGCGGGUCAGGGUCGAUGGUCUUAGCCAAUGUAGGGUUUAGGGGUUGAGGUGGUUCGUCUGUGCUUCUUAUAGCCACUCGAUCAGGCGGUUUUUUGUAAAGGUUUAUUCUGAAGAGAUUUGAAAGACAGGAGCAACGGGUCACCAGCCGUCAUGGAGGAUGUAUUUAAUACCCCUCAGACAUGCAAAGUUGAGCUGGAGGUUCUGGGCCAUAAGCUUCUUCUUGCUCAGGACCCAAAUUCUCAACAUCAUGGUACCACGGUAUGGGACUCCUCGAUUGUAUUCGCCAAGUUUCUGGAGAAAAACAGCAAGAAAGGAGAGUUCAGCAGGGCAAAGCUUCAAAAUAAGCGCGUUGUUGAACUUGGAGCUGGUUGCGGUUUAUCAGGAUUAGGGAUGGCCCUGCUUGGUUGCGAGGUGGUGGUGACGGACCAGGCAGAAGUGUUGCCCUUACUACGAAGAAACAUGGAAAGUAACAUGUCCCGGGCUAAAUACUCUGCCUCAGAAUAUUCUCAUUUAGGUCCUAUUGGGUCAGUGGAAGUAGCUGAGCUGGACUGGGGUAACCAACAGCAAGCUGAGGCCUUAAAGCCUCCCUUUGAUUACAUAAUCGGCACAGACGUCGUGUACAAGGAGCAUUUAGUACCACCUUUGCUCGAAUCGGUAUUAGCUCUUUCAGGUCCCAAGACAACCCUGGUGUUGGGGUAUGAGUUUCGGGACAGCGGUGUCAAGGAACAGCUUCAGAAGCUAUUUUCAUGUCAUUUUUCAAUCAAGAAGAUAUCCCCUUCAAAGAUGGAUGCGAAGUAUCAGCACAGCAACAUCGAACUUUACAUCAUGCGAUUGAAUCGGUAUGAUUCAACACAUGAUGACAAAUCAUUACUCGAGCAACGGUUCCCAAAUUCGCAACAAUCAACUUCUGACGAAGUAGAUUGCAGUACUGUCCAAGACUUUGAAACUAAGUUAAUUGCCUCAACUAAUGUCGAAGGAAAGCCAUCGAAAGCAACUAGCGGCGUUGAUGGGAGCGAGGCUUCGUUCAGCAAACGUUGGGAAGCAGGAAGGGUUGGAGCAAUGGCAGCAAGGCUUCUGCGUGAUGUACAAAUAUCACCUACUUAAAGCCACACACCGGCUUUGGUUUUCUGUUUCAAGGUGUGGAUGUUGCUGGCGUCGGCGAUGACGUUCAAAUUGCUCUCUUGAAAUGUAAUUCACAGUCUUAGAGGGGCGUGUUAGUGUUGGUGAGCCAUGUCCCUUCUAUCAUCUUUACGUGGAAGAAUGAAAACAUGCAAAGUGGCUCGACACUUGGGGUUGUACAUUGUAGAAUGUUUUUUUGUACAGCCAUCAUGGGUAGAGAAACAUUUGGUGCGUGAAUUCCAUGUCAAGCCUUGCACUCACUGGAUUAAUGGAUGUGGUUAGUAAGAAUCAAUCUUAGGCAGUGUUGCUUAGAAUAAAUAUUUGAAAUUCAUUUGAAAUUAGUAUUCAUCCAAAUGAAGAGUUUGGACAGGUUUGACUUUUUUUUAAUGUAAAUAAUUAAUUUGGGGGUUUGAAGGGAAUGAAAGUAA